AUGCGUGGCUGCGGGCUUUACUCUCUGGGCCGAAAGCAACGAGGACCAGCGCGGCAGGCUCACACGAAGCCCCCUGAGCCGGGCAAUGGUCGUGGCCGUCUGUGGAGCCGGGCUUCGCGGCCGCGGCGAUUCAUUCUAUUGCUUGAACUCGCCAGACGCCGGUCCCACGAGAAGAAGAACAAACAGCGGAAAAGACAGAAAGACCAUGAUGGUGCCUUCCAGCGACGACUACUUGUGACGGCUCACCAAUUUCAGCACUCUGCGUGUUCCAUCCGAGGUAAGAGAAAGGAGCAGGACAAUUGCGACUGCCGCGACCGCGAGCAGUCCGAGGCUCACAAGGAAAAGGAGAGAAAGUCCGAAGGCCGCAAAAGGAAAAGCCGCCUUCAGUACAGGAGACGAAGCAGACACAGAGCAGAGGAAGCCGCAAACGUGGCGUUCCACUUCGCAGGCGUUGCGAAGGCUCACAGGAGCAACCCAAAGCAGGCCAAGGGCUGGUUUCAUUGGAUCCCGGCUAUGAUGGGCCUACACUUCGAUCCCAGCACCAAUACUGCUUUCAACCCACCCCGCGAGAUGCACAUGCUGGACUUCGGCAGAGAACGCCUGACCUUUAGUGUGGCAGAUACCAGCAUUGUCGUUAAGCUUUGUCUGAGGGACCAAGCAAACGAAAAGCUCUGGGCCAACCAGCUUCCCGAGCUGGUGGCUGAGGUAUAUUGGACUGGGCAGGUCACCGUCAGACUUUCCACCACGCAUGGCUUGGAGGAACUCACCCUCUACGGCCUCUGGCAAAGACGAGUGGAGACGGCCAAGGAAUGGGUAGAAAACUCUUCUCCUCAGAUGCAGAAGAGCUUUAUGACCUACACUUGCGCAGUCCUUACCUUCCUUGCUUUGCAAGGAAUCCACCUGCGUGACACCGGCAGGUCCAACCUCGGACUUGUCCCUGGGACCAAGGAAUCCGGAGUUCCUCGCCUGAUUUUCUACGAUGCACUGGACUGGAGCAGGCGGAGCAGGGACAAGAGACAGGACUUCCGCUGGUCCCAAUACUGGAAUUACGCCAAGGCUAUUGUGCCAAAUGUGGUGGAGUCGCUUCGACUCCAAGUCUCUGAAGCGCGCAGAGACCCGGCCAAAGCUGCAAAGGAGUUCACUGACCGCUGCCAGGAGUACGCUGGCCACCUGGAAGAUGCCGGGGUCCUGCGCCAGGGAGCCUUUGCGGUGGUGCCGAGCUGGCUGGCAAAAAGUUGCCCGUGUAAGGCAUCGUGCAAGCAUGCCAUAGAAAUCUCGAAGUUGAAGACAGCGAGGAGAUUUGCUUCGCUCGUUCUCAAGUUUGUUUCCUUUAUCCUCAAACUGUUCCUAUGGUCGGCAGUGUUUCCGUGUUCGGUUCAGCGUCUGUUCGAGUUUCGGUCUUGUCUCUUCCACUUUCUCUGCCUUUGA